GUAAAUCGUCAGAUGACAAUUACGAACUACGAAGUCAUUCGACAUCUGUGUUAAUUUACGAUUUUAUAGAAUUACGAAGCAAAAAUUAAUAAAUUGAAAAAUGUUUUGAUGCCAAUAUUCAAAACAACUAUAGCAUAAUAUCAAAAUUGUAUAUUACAAAGAAUAUAUUUGUAUUUUUAAAUUUAUAUGGUGCUAGAUUAAAAAGAACGCUAGGUAGGCCGUGUUUCGGUUUGCAGAAUGUCAUCAAUAAAGUUUCGUUGGGGUUUGAGUGCUUCAGAGCCUGAACAGACACCUGUCUUAUUUGUGGGGCAGCCAGCUCAUCUUUCAGCAUUGUCCUGGCAGGAUGUAAGGUGCAAGCUUGAGUCAAGAGUAACUGAAGAGGUAUGGCGUCGUGGUCUUUCUGUGACAUCAGCUGGUGAUGUCUCAGAGUUAUGGCCCCGUGGUGCUGCUGUUGGUGUACUACCUCCAAGACGUUCUAGGCACACUGCACCCUCAAGAAACUAUGCUUUGUCAAAAAUUGUCAAGUCAGCACUGCGUUCUGCUGCUGAAGAGUAUAUUGUUCUGGUAUGUCGCAAAAGAGAUGUAUUAGCCAGUGCCGUGGCCAUUGCCAGGUCAGUCCCUCUCUACUCGGCUCGGUCUGGCUCUGCUCCACUGAACUCCAAUCAGCCUGCCCGACCAGCUAACACAAAUCUCACUGUUGAGAUAUUCAUAGUUAAUCAUGAAGGUGACUCGGAAGACGAAGGUACCAAUGAGCAAGCCCUAACAGAUGGGACCCUGUCCAAUGAAGAGCUUGGCACUAUACAGGAUGUAGCUGAUUCUGUUCGUCUUGCUGCAAGAAUUACAGACACGCCCGCUAACAUUAUGGAUGUGGACGCUUUUGUUGAGGAAGCCUGUAAAGUAGCCAAGAAACUAGAUAUAGCAGAACCAACAGUUAUACGUGGCGAGGCACUGGCUGAACGAGGAAUGGGUGGCAUCUAUGGAGUCGGCAAGGCUUCCACUAAGCCUCCAGCACUGGUUUCCUUGUCUUACAUGGCCCCUGGAGCCACAGAGACUGUGGCCUGGGUUGGCAAGGGCAUUGUUUAUGACACCGGUGGUCUCAGCAUCAAAGCCAGGGCUUCAAUGGUGGGCAUGAAAGGUGAUUGCGGUGGGGCAGCAGCGGUGUUAGGUGCCUUUGCAGCUGUAGUUAGAGCUAAACCCACCAUCAACUUACAUGCUGUCUUGUGUAUUGCCGAAAACUCUGUUGGGCCCAAUGCUACUAGGCCAGACGACAUUCACCAGUUGUACUCUGGUCGCACUGUGGAAAUCAACAAUACAGAUGCGGAAGGUCGUCUGGUACUAAGUGACGGUGUGGUCUACGCCCGUCGGGAUUUGAAAGCCGACACCAUUGUUGAUGUGGCUACACUCACCGGGGCACAGGGCACAGCUACCGGCAAAUACCACGCAGCGAUUAUAUCGAACACAGCCAGCCUGGAGCGGGCCUGUGUAUCCGCUGGACUGAGAUCUGGUGACCUCACACAUGCUCUUCCUUUUGCGCCAGAGCUGCACUUCACAGAGUUCUGCAGCCACGUGGCCGACAUGAAGAAUAGUGUUGCGGAUAGAAACAACGCGCAGCCAUCUUGUGCUGGUCUCUUCAUUUUGGCACAUUUAGGCUUCGAUUUCCCCGGACAAUGGCUGCAUGUGGAUAUGGCUGCGCCUGCGCACAUUGGUGAACGAGCAACGGGUUAUGGAGUGUCCCUACUGUCCGUGCUAUUCGGGAAAUAUACAAAUAGCCGUCUUCUCAAAGCUCUCAGUCCAUUACGCUAGAUUGUCUAUGGAUUUACAAUUUUACACUAUUUUUAUCAUGUUUUUCAAUAGUGGAUUUUAUUUUUAAUGCAAAAUAAUACAUUUAUAUACAAGUUGGGGGUUUGCGGUAAGAGAAAAUUAUUAUUAUACUUACGAGAAUAUGGCGGUUUUAAUUGUCGGUUAAAAAAAAGUUUUUUUAUACCAUCGUCUUAAACGAGUUUUUUUUUAUAUUUUAUAAUGAUAAUUUUCUUACCCCAAUUGUCAAAGUACAAUAAAUAUGGUUCUAUGUAUUCUAGAAUGUGCACUUUCACUGAAAAUUUCCUAGCCAAUUCAAUAAUUAAAUGUAAUAUCGCCACAACGGCUGAAUAGAUCUGAAUGAAAUAUUAGUAAAAAUAAAAUACGUUUUUAACGUACCAAAGUCAUACUUAAUGCUGUCACGUUUCGGAAUAUAGGCCCCAGUGAUUAUAUAGAAGUUUUUCAUAUUCUUUGCACUUACUUAAGUAUAGGAUAAGCAUUUAUAAAAUAUUUUUUAUAAGUAAGUUUUUAUUUCUUUUUUUUUUAGAAAAAAAGAAAAACAAAGACAUUUUUUUCAUACCAAUGGUAUUUAUGGCAAAAGCUAGCAUUCACUUCCUAGUAUUUUUGUCAAGCUUUGAUUUUAUUUAGUAUUUUUUAUAAUUAAUCUUUAUUAAUAUUAUUUAAGAAAAAUCACUAAUAUACCUCAUAAAACUUUAAUAAAUGCAGCAAUAAAAAAAUCGUUGUUUUCGGAUUAAAUCAC